UUCUGGUACACGGUUGUUGCUAACUUUAGGAAGAAAUUGUUCGAAGUCCUCUGCCCAAACAACAGAAUCGACUUGAUUGCUGACGAAGCUCAGCUUGUAAUCAAGAAUUUCAAAGCGGCUUUCAAGCUGGCAUACAAGAGAUCACAACUAAAUGUGACUGACAUGGGUGUGUCUUUCCGGAGUGUGUGCUCUUCAACUAAAGAGGCAGAUAGUGGGAUCUUCACAAUGAAGUUGGUACAAGGACAUGAUGGAGACAACACUUUGUGUUUCGAACCCGGUGUUCCAUUUGACUACUCGACUCCAGGGUAUUCUCCAUGGGGUCCUGUUGCAGAACAAUGUUAACUACAUCUGGCUGGAAAAGAUCAUCCCAACAGGACUAAAUCACGACCCUAAGCUCCCGGAGGAUCACCCAAGGAUGGCAAAAUGCCGUACACAUGAGAAUGACUCAUCGAUAAGAGGAUUAUUUUUGGCGAAAUACUAUUUUUAUUUUUAUUUUUUUUUGCUUUUUAGUAUAGAAAACACAUACAUUCUUAUAUAUCCUUUUUUUGGAUAG